CGAAAAACCAAAAUCAAUGAUCUUCCAGCUUCUUGAUGCCAUGUCCUGUAAUAAGAAAUGAAUCAUGAGACAGGCAAAAAAGAAGAGAGAAAGACAAGGAAACCCUCAAAAAAUUUCAACUUGGCGCUCCUUCAUCCCUCCAAAACCAAAAUACACAUCAAAAUAUAUCUCCCGCCACAACCAGAGAGAGAUAAUCAAAGCGCGAAUCUCCAAACUCCAAAGCAAAGCAAGAAAGAACCUUUCUUUUGUAGAGGUCUAUAACACUAGUAACCUGUUCUGUUCUUGUCUCGCAAAGCAUAGUCUCGCAAGCAUGGCAGUUACUUCAAGUCCUGUCGCGUUGAAGGAAAAAGAAGUUGUAGAGAAGAAGAGUCGGUCAAAACGUCCUGGAGUUCGUGUUGUUGGAGGGAGGAUCUAUGAUUCUGAAAAUGGGAAGACUUGUCAUCAAUGCCGCCAAAAAACAAUGGAUUUUGCUGCAGCAUGUGCAAUUCAGAAAGGAAACAAACUAUGUGCUCUCAAGUUCUGCCACAAAUGCCUGUUAAACAGAUACGGAGAGCAAGCAGAAGAGGUAGCAUUGUUGGAUGACUGGCAGUGUCCCAAGUGUAGGGGCAUUUGCAACUGUAGCUUCUGCAUGAAGAAACGAGGCCACAAGCCCACUGGAAUACUUGUCCACACAGCCAAGGAAAAUGGGUUUUCUUCUGUCUCGGAACUGCUGCAGAUUAAAGGUUCUGAAAAUUUGAAUCACAACAAGGAUGUGAAAGCCAAUGAUGUUUCGUCAAAGAGUGCGUCGUCACAUAAGGAGUCUACAGUCGCUUCUCCAUGGAAACCAGGGAAGGAAAAUUCUUUCGAUGGAAACAUUGAUACGAAUCUGCAUCCUCAGAAUUUAACACCCAUCUCUGCCGAGAAGAAAUCUAAGAAAACAAAACGGAAAGGACUGAAGGAAGUUGGUAGUAAUGGUAACAGGGAUGCUGAAAUUAAUUUAGAGGAGAGUGGUCAGAAGAAAACAAAAAGGGAAGGACUAGGGAAAGUUAGUAAUGGCAGUACGAAGGGUGGUUAUAAGAAGCCUCUAGUUACUGAAGAUGUUUAUGAAAAUGAAAUGAAGAACAAUGAAAUAGAUAAAGGUGAUGUUGCAAAGGAAAAGAAGUCCAAGACAAAGUCCAUGGAACUUUCCAAGGGCAAAGUGAAGAAAAAUAAGAAGGAUGAAGAUUCUUCUGAAAAGAAAAGGAAGACUAGGGCACAUCCUCAGGAAAUUUCUAAGAAAGAAUUGAAAAAUGGAAAGAAUGAAGAUGCUUUUGUUGAGAAAAAGACUAAGACACAGCCUCUAGAGGUUUACCAGAAUGAAGUUUUACUUGGUGCAAAUUGUAAUGGUGGAAUAGUUUGUGGCUUUAGAAGUGAUAAAAUUCAAACGGAGACCAAGAUGGCUGGAGACUCAUGCAAAGUUGACAAGUUUCCUGCAGAAUUUCAAACCAAAUCAAAGACAGCCAAUGAGAGGCGUACCAUUAAACUUCAGAACAAAGAAAUUGACGUGGACAUUCAAUUGCCUCAGGGAACCUGCUUAACGGCUGUAGCAGGCAUUGAGUUACCUCCCGAGACUGUUGGUAAUGCAUUGCAAUUCUUGGAAUUUUGUGCUAGUUUUGGUAAGGUUCUUGGUCUGAAGAAGGGGCAAGCUGAAAUUGCACUCAGGGAAAUAAUAAAUGGACGAAGAGGGCGUCGGUUGCAAUCCUAUCAUCUAGCCCAGAUUCAUAUUCAGCUACUGUCUCUGAUUCAAAAGGAUAUAGGAGAAGAAUCUCCACCCCUAACUACAACAAAUGAAAACUCAUGGUUUCAAGCUCUCAGGAAAUAUGUCUCGAAAUGCCAUUUCUUAUCAAAAGAACUUCCCUCUAAUUGUUUUGACUGGGGUAAUGAAGGAUAUGAUAAGUUAGACAGCGCAGAAAAGCUUAAACUCUUGAAUCUUAUAUGUGAUGAAGCUCUUAAUACCAAAGAGUUACGCAGUUGGAUUGAUGAUGAAAACUCUAAAUUUCUUGAAAGACAGAAGGAAGCCAAAGAAAAAGUUCUUGCAGCGAAGGAUAAGGAGAAAAAAUUGAAACAGAAGAUGCUAGACGAGGUGGCCAAAGCUAUUGUUGAGAAAAAUGGUGCUCCCAUUUCUGUUUCUAACCAUAAAGAAAUGGUUUCACGAAUAAAAAGUGAAGCUGCACAAGCCCACUCAGAAAUGCUGGAGGCCAUGGCACUGAAGAAGAGAUUAUUAUCCAAUGCUGUCAGAACAGAGCCUGUCCUUCUGGACGUUGAUGGCCGAGCUUUCUGGAAACUAAAUGGCUACAAUGGUCAAUCAGAUAUUCUGCUUCAAGAUAUGGGUACAUGGAAUUCUGUUGCACCAAGUGAAAAAUGGUUGGUAUAUGCUGAUGAACAGAAACUGGAAAUUGAGAAAUACAUCACUUCCUCGAGGACAAAAAGGCUUAGGGUUCAAAAAGCUACCGAAACCCCUUCAAUCGACGCAUUAAAAUAAGAUCGAGCCAGGGCAACCUGUCCCCUCAGCUCUCGCAUAGUUUGAUCGCAACAUGGUCAAUGGCAUCUGGAGAUUUUGACUCCUUUUUGGCAUGCCUGGGAUGAUGAUGAAAGUUCAGAGGAACAACUGCUGUAUUUUACCCUCCCUGUAAAGGCUAUUUCCUCUUCUUGUACACAUGCACAACAUUGUUAGGUUAAAGCUUUUCAAAUGCUAGAGGUUUGCUUCCUGGACUUCUUGCUU